GUAAAAACCACUUAUUUUUUCCCUCCAAUUCAACAUGGGUCCGCGUCAAGCAACAUCUCCGUUAAGAAUCCAGGGCUAUGAGACACGGCCCCAUCGCCAACAACGACUCCGUACUUGCCGAAGAAGCACACGCCUCCAAAAAUACUACUCCCGUGAGCAGGACACCAGCGCUAGUGAGGACAUAGUAAGCGGAAUAAAGGAACGUAGGAGCAUUAAUCUCCCUUCAGCCAUUCAAGCCGGCAAUCCAGAGACUCUACACGGCCCACUGAUCUCUUCCAAACAGCGUUCACCUGAGCAUAAACGACUACACCCUGGACCUGGACCUGAGCGCCCAUCUGAUAAUCCCGAUCCUCCUUCAAAACGGUCACGAACCAGCAAGGAUAGACUAAUCGAGCAUUGGACACUCAAUGAAUAUAAAUGGCCCCAAAACCCUUCAAAACCAGACAUCAUAGAACACUGCCUUGCAAGACCGAAAACGCCAUCACUUCGCCGGAUGAAGCCAAAUAGUGGCGAAACGAUCUCUCAAGUGAAGAGUAGACCUUACACCGACAAGAACUAUGAAGUAUAUUUGGAGACUAAAGGUAGUUUCAUGGGAAGGCAUAAGGAUGAUAUCACCAGAGACAGCAAGGACUUCUAUCAAAAGCUGCUGAUGAAAGACACCAAAGUUCCCAGAGACACAGUGUUUGAUGACAAAGCUUUCAGAUCAACCUGUGACAGACUAAGAAAGUACAAUGAGACUGGAGUUAUUCGGAUCAUUGGUGAAUUAAUUGUGCCCUCGGCGGAGAGUGCAAUUGACCUCGGUCAUGUCACAUUUCCGCAUUUGAUUGUUAGUAUGAAUGAUGGCUGGGAUAGCUCGAUUCCUCUAGAUGAGGCUCAAUUGCCACCACCUGCACAAUCUCGACAAUUUCGAUUACCUCAGCCACAACCCGAUUACGCGGUAGGGUUCUCCCGACAGUCCUUCACUGAAAAUCAACUGAAGAAGCUUGCACCAUUUGUUGGUGAAAUUGGUGAUAUGUCUUACUUUAUGAGUACUGCAUACAUGUACUUUCCAUUUAUGACAGCGGAGGUGAAGUGUGGAAUGACAGCACUUGAUAUAGCAGAUCGACAGAAUGCACACAGCAUGACUCUCUCAGUAAGAGGUGUUGUCAAGCUCUUCAGGGUUGUGAAGCGUGAGAAGGAGCUGCAUCAACAGAUUUUGUCCUUUUCGAUUUCUCAUGAUCAUCAAAUGGUGAGGAUCUAUGGUCACUAUCCUGUGAUUGAUGGAGAUAAAACUGUCUAUCACCGGCACCCUAUUCACCAGUUUAGUUUCACAGCACUGGAUGGCAAAGAGAAAUGGACAUCCUAUAAGUUUGUGAUGGGCAUGUAUGAUGACUGGGCGCCUUCUCAUUUUAAAAGGUUGUGCUCAGCUAUUGACGAACUACCGGAGGUGAACCUCGACGUAUCACAGCAGCCUGAUGAGAUAUUACCGCAGCCAGAGCUGAGUUUUUCAGAAUCAAGUGGAUUUUGACAAGGGAUUGAGGGUGUCGACGUACAGUACAUGUACAGUACAUUACAUGGACAAGGUUCAAUUUUCACAUCUGUAUUGGGAGAGAAAGCCCAGCCAUCUCUUACUAGUUCACAGGUCCCCCCCCGCAUUCAAGUUGCCCAAGAAAAGACACAAAUAGUCAUUUAGAUAACCAAAUCAAGUAAUUCCGUUCUAAUGGCCUAUUAUUCCUUCUGUGAAUCCUACAGAUCUAUCCAAAAGAAUAGGUGCACCAGAAUCAACCCCUAGCAUUACAGUUAUUCACUAGACUCAGAAAGCCAAAACCUUCUUGCAAGGCAAGGGUUCUCGCUCAUUUCACUGACGUUGGAAACUCAUUUUUGAGAUAAGGGAUGAAGUCUAUGUAUUGUCGGGGCGGCGGGGCAUAAUCAGGCCAUCGUACGGAGUAAUGAGCAAAUUUGAAGUCUUGACUUCAGGGUUAUGCCAUUCAUGCGCGUCCUUGUUGUUUCUGUGCCGCGCAAUAACUCCCCAACCUACCCUACCGGCAGCUGUCGAAAUCAAUGGAGGACCGGCGUGCCAUCGCCAUCCUCGGUGAACAUAUUAUUGUUAGCAGGUUCGAUGUCGUUGUGAACGGAGAAAGGCAAAUCUGUUCGAAUUCUGUGGGUUGUUGACCUUUUCAAGCAAUGUUGAUGUAUAUACCUACCGCUUGAAGCAAAGACCUGAAACUCGGCCAUGUGUCUGUCACUUGGCAGCCAUAGCAUAGUAGAAUGAAUGCUUUCGAAGAAGAACUUCACACGUCUCAACCUCGUGGAGAUUUUGUUUCUCAAGGGUGGGACCUGCGUCACCUGCCAGUGUAUGUUUGCGAAGAGACUCGGAGUUUUGAAGGUAGCAGUCAAGCGGUGGCGAUAAUCACAGUCCAGGUUCUGCCGUCUCAACUCUUGGACCCCUAUCCUAUCCUGGGUCUCCACCCGCUGAAUAUCAGGAAGUUGCGACAGAUCAUGAGGUUCGUUUUCGUGAUCCGUCCACUUUGCCAGAGUACAAGACGUUAUCUUGCCGUACAAUAAUCUGGAUGUAAACGAGUUGGAAUUUGCCAUCAAUCAAUAAAUAAUAUGAUGUUGAGGACUGUGAGAUGUUGAGAUGUUUUGAUGGUUCGAUGGAAAGAAGGAGAAGAUAUCAGGCAAGGAAAUUUGGUAUUUUUCUCUUCCUCUAAGUUAACACAGCGGGUCUGCUACGCAUAGUAGUAGACAUGGUGGAGCAGAAUCAGUGAAUCUAG